AUGGACCAGGGAGACAACUGGGAAUUCGACCCAAACGAUUUCGAGCCGUCACAGAUCUCUCUGAGCAAAGGAAGAGUGACCUACACGGCCCCAGUGGCCGCCAGCGGGGCAGACGUGUGUGCCGAUGAGCUAGAUAACGCCGAUUUCGGAUUCCGGGCCUCCUUCUACGUCAUGGAUGUCAUCACCGGCAGCUACAAGGCAAACGCCACGCUCGAUACCCAGAACGCCGGGACAGUUUUUCUCAACGCGUCCGGUUUCGUCGAGAUCCACCCAACCAUCUCGGCGUACCAGGACAACGACACCGGUUACGGCGUUUUCGAGAUCCACGUCCCUUCCAACUUUACGCCGUUUGGAAUCAGCGCAGAUAGCGAACACGACUGGGUCUUUGUCGACCAAUACUACCAUUUCGACUACGACGGCUCGUCCAUGAGCGGCUCGUUCUCCAGCCUGGGUAACACCUCCAUCGACAUGUCGUAUCCUCUCACGCACGCUCCCGGCGGCGCCUACAACGUCGGCUUCGCCAUCAAGCCGGUCGACGACAAUCGGGCUUUGAAAAAGCGAGCAGAGAGCGAGUACGACGCCACCUUCACAUUCACCGACCCAGAAACAACGAUGUACCUCAGCACUUCUGUCUCUCUAACCCAGACGACUACUUCGACUCCGUCUUCCACGUCAAGCUCCUCUUUGUCGUCUGCAUCGUCCACAGAUGCCCCUACAUACACUAUCGUCUACGAAGGAGACAAAAUAUUGAUAGACUUUUCCAUUCCUUCAAGCAUCAUGGAGCGCGGCUCUGUGUCGUACUCCACCUCCAAUGAGAACAACUUCGAGAUCGACAGCGCCAGCUCUGGAACCAUCCCGCAGGGUAACGCGGCGGCCAGCUUCGAAAUCGCCGGUCACGAGGUAGACAACACGCAACCGGGCUCCAUCGACGUGUACAUCUCGCUCUCUUCUGGAUCCAAAGUCAAGAGAGCCGACUCCUGGUACUACACCAUCAAGCUGAGCGCCACGUCGUCCAGCGGCGUCGUCAAGCCAAGCUCUUCAGAGCCUUCAGCCCAGACGUCGCAGAUCCUCACCACAACGGGCAGCGAUGGCAAAACCACCGUGGUGACCACGUUGGUUUCGAAAGAGACCGAUGUCGCGUCCGACGACGACGACACCCUGACGUCCAUCGACGGGUCUGCCUUGACCUCCAGCAAGGGUGACCCUCAUGGCGAGACCACCAAGACGUCUCUGAGCCGAACUAGCAGCUCGGCGACCAGUUCCAAAACCAAAAAUAAUGCUAAAACCACCACGAGACAGGCGGGCCGAACGGCGAUCACUUUUGUGAACUCUAAUGACGAUUCCACUGUAAUUACCACGAGCCUUGCCUCGGGCGUGGCUCUCUACCAGACAAUCGACCCAGAAGGAAAAACGGUCCUGGCGACGUCCUUCAGCGUCGGCUCGAACGGCUACGUUACGGCCACCACUGACACAGACGGCGACCUUGUGUACACCACGGUGAAAGAAGCAAGUGGUGGUACGGGAACCUCAAAUGCAGACGAAUCAUCCGGUGGAUCUAGCUAUGGAUCCUCUGGCGAGUCCUCCGACAGUUCUUCUGACGCCUCGUCCAACGGUUCUGCCUCCGGCUCGUCAACCACUCACUCUAACGGAGCAAUUAUCACCACCGAUGCCAGCGGCCACUCCACCACCAUUUCCGCCGCAGGCUACAAAACAACCAUUACCGGCACUGAUUCCGAAGGUAACACAUUGCGAAUUACAACCAGCGUGCCAGCCGGCGCGUCUGCAUUUUUGACCACGGACUCCAAUGGCAGCAGAACGCUUACCACGGUGACUGCGUCUCGCGGUACCUCUUCCAACUCCGCUGGCCUAUCUGUUUACUCUGGUAGAGCCGUCUCUAAAGCCCCAUCAGCAUUGCUCGGUGUUUUCACCGUGCUCCUCUACAUCCUCCUCUGA